AUGUUUUUUGGGCGACAUAAAUGCUUGUCGACCCCGAGCGGUCCAAAGUGCGUAUCCUCCUCCGUGUCGUCAGUGUCGGAGACGGAGCCCACUUCCUCUCCCUCUUCCAGACUUCCUGUCAGCCAGAUGAUCGAUAAGGUCAGAGGGUACUGCUCCACUCGCUCAGACAACUUCUACAAAAACAUCAUCCUGUCUGACGGAUUCAGCAACAGCACCAAGUUCUGA